GGCGAGAAAGGAAAAUGGCGAGCUACAUGUGCGUUUGCAAAAGCCGGGAAAUGCUAUUUCCACGAGCACGGGAAACAGCGACAGAAAAUGGUUGUUGCAAGUAAUGCAUUAGUGUAGGUUGUCUUAAAAGGACGAAAUAUGGAAGAGGACAAAGUGAUGUGCUGUGUGUGUGCUAGGAAUGGCAAGACCAACAAACUGAAGACAUAUCAAAUCAACUUUGAGGAGGCCAUUCGGUUCUGUGAGGAUGACGAGUGUACAUAUCCAGCAGGCAUGGAUAAUUCUUCAUGGGUCCUCAACAGAAAAUUCUCAGAACUGCAAGUCAGCAAGCCAUCAGUGAUAAAAAAGAAAAGUUUACCACAACGGCCACACUAUGCUUCAUUGAAAUCCACCAAUUACAGUUAUGGACUUCAAAAGAACAUAUCAAAAAGCCCAGUAUGUACAAACCCUGCUCGUGUAAAAUCUAGCUUAGGCAUGAAUCAACACCAUUUGAAGAAUGGACAGAAUGCCUGUUUGCAAUCACCUAGGACUUCGUCAACAAAGACAGAAAAGACACAUUUAGUCCCUAACAAUAAAUCAGGGUCUCAAAUUCAAUACCCAGCAUUUCAACAACGUCCAGAAAGUGUUACACAAAAUAACGAGACUCCAAAACUUAAAAGAGGAAACAAAUCUGAAAGUAUUCCAAAUACAACUAAAUCUGAUGCAGCCAGACAGUCAAUAAUAGGUAAAAGUGAAAAGGAUUGUCCCAGUGCGAUGGAUCAGUUGAGAGCAUUUUAUCCUCAAUGGCAGAACAAAGACGCUCUUUGCUGGAUGGAUGUCAUACUGUGUCUGUUAGUCCAUUGUAAGCAGGUAAAUAAGUUAAAAUGUGGUGACCCAGAUUCAGAUCCUUCCAUCGUGUGUACUUUACUGAAGGCCUAUGACCAAGCCCUAUCAUUGCUGAACAAGAGAUCCAUCUCCAAUGCUGCUGCUAGUCCAUGCGAUGUUGAUAUGUUUGUGACAAAGUCGGAUAAUACCAAGCUAGUGUCCCAGAUCAACUUGCCAUCUACUUUGCUGUUUGAGGAGAAGGUUGGAACAGGGUGUAAUGAUGAGGACAAGAGCCAUGUAGUUUCAAAGUCGGUCAAUAUGUCUUUGCAGGGGGAUGAAGUCAAAACCGGUGCAGGACUUAAGUUAUUGAAAUCAGACUUGGUACAGUUAAUGUUGUCUCAUGGUGACUCGGAAUAUUCCAAAGCGUUUGAUCUCCUGACUAAUAUCCGGGAGAAAAUUUGGCACUUGCUUCAUCCACAUCUACGCUGUAAGAAAGGCAAGAAUGACAGCCCUGUGUUUGCUAUCCCAUUGCUGACAAAGAACAGCAAGGAUUUGGAGCAGCUAUUAGCCAUCAAGUACAAUUUUCGUUUUAGUUGUACGAAAUGUGGAUUCCAAGAUGAUUUGCUUUAUGAGAAAGUGCUGCCGACAUUCCCCAACACAACAGCCGAUUUUUCAAUGAUGGAGCCGAAAUUCUUGCGACCCUGCUUCCAGUGCAAUGCUGAGGGACAGCUAAUGACCAUGGUGUUUGAAAGACUGCCACCUGUCCUCAUGCUUCAUUUUCAAGAAGGACUACACAGCAACAAUUUCUCCGGUUACGAUUUCCGACGUCAUGAUCAGCUGUACCAAGUCACAGGAGUGAUUCAGUAUAGAAAUGAUCCUGAUCAUUUUAUAGCCUGGAUCCGCAAUCCUAAAGAAGAACUUUGGAUGGAAUGCAAUGACCUGAAGUCCCCAGUCUGUCAGUUUGAUCAAAGAAGUCCAAGUUUCCCAGCUAACCAGGUCCAUAUCAUGAUGUGGGAAGCGGUCAGUAUUGAAGAUGGUAGCAGGGUCACUGUCCAAAACGGUACCAGACUUGUGUGUACUGAGGAUUCUCUAAGGAGUGGACAUGUGGAUGUAUCCAUGAAAAACAGUCUAAUGAAUGAAAGUGAUUUGAGGUCAUUUGUUUCUGAAAAAGGUGACUUUAUGCAUUCUGUUUCAGGCAAUGGUAAUAAUGUUAUCAUUUCUACACCAAGCCAAUCAGUUUCUCUCCAUACACCGAAAACUCUGAAGCUGACCGCUAUGGGGGAGCAUCAGUUCCAAACAGGUGCAUCAAAAAUGAAUGAUAGGUCACAGGUCAACUACCAAACACCAGCAAAAAGCAUGGGUAAGGUUGUGAAUGUUUCAUUAGAGCACAAGUUAAAUGUAGCUAAUAUUCAGAACCUUGCUGAAAUUAUAAAAUUGCAGCGAAGAAAUGUCAACAAAAGAGUAUUACCUGGUGCUAAGAACAAUUUGGUCCAUACUCCAAAUAGUGUUCACUCAAACCCGGAGUCAACUACAUCAACACCCCCUGCUGACAAGAUACUUGAGAAAACCAGGAAUCAUGUCUCCUUCCUUCGAAAUAUGAGAAAUCCGCGAAUGUCACGUGUACCUAAUGAACCCAUGCGUCAGCAGAAGGUCCCAAGGCCAGUAGGUUUACAAGGUCAAGGCUCCCUGAGCUUUUUAUCUCAAAUUCUAAGCAACACUAAAAACAAGACAUCAGUAUCUCCUGUCGUAAAGGGAAAGGUUUUUGAAGGAUACAGAUCCAAGAUGUCUGAUGCGACAAUUUCUUUCACUUCAAAAAACAGGACAAGAAGUACAUCUUCGGAAGUAGAUACAGAGUCCUUGACUAGUAGACCAAACAGCCCUGCACUUAGUUGUCACAGUGAUUCGGUCGUCAUUCAGAAAAGGAAAGCUGAACUGGUGUCUGAAAAUAUUACGCUUCCAGUUCUGAAACGGCGGAGGUCACAAGACACGAACUUCACCUCAGUACCUCUGCCGCUCCACAAAAAAUCAGUUAGCCUUGACGCUGCUACGACACUUGUAAACAAACAACUGGUCUCUUCUAAAACAGUUGUGAAUGACAGCGGUUUAGAAGUAACAAAUGAUAACAACCAGUGCAGCAACAGUGAACUGUUUGCUUCAGCCAGUAGGAAUGACUGUACCUUUCAGGAAACUGAUAUUCUGCAAAAUCUCUACAGUGCCUUGAAUAUUGCCAUGCCAGCCCAGACAGAUGAUAGUAAGUCUCCCGUCAAAGCGACAGGAGCCACCCAAAUGGAUGUUGAAAAUAUUCCUGAUAUUUCGGAGCUCGACAAAUUUAUCAACAGUGAUGACUGUGAUUCAAACAUGGGGGACAACUUUGACGAUUUUCUUUCUGAACUCUAAAAAUGUAAGACUUGAAGUUCCAAGUCUUUAUUGAAUUAUGAAGAGCUGGAUGACAUGACAAGGUAUCAUAAUGUAUCUAGGUAUGAUUGAAUAUAUAUAGGUUCCUGGAAAUUUUGUCCAAAACUAAAGACUUGAGAAGUAAAAUGAAUAAAAAUUAUAAAGUUAACAUAUGUGAAUUAUUCAACAGGGGACUGGAUCAGGUGUAUUCAAUUCUACUAGCCUAAUGCCCAUUGUUAGUAACAUAUAAACUUUAUAUCGAGUUUUAAAACAUUUUCAGUUUUAACUCUAAAAUUAUAGGUCAGACUGGUAUUAUUUAUUUAAUGUCAAAAUCUGCCUGUGGUUAUAAUAAGUAUUCUAAAUAUGAAAUCGAAUAAUUAGAGACUAGAGUAAAUGAAGAUAUUGGUUUUAUUGAAAUUUACAUAUUAUGAAAUCAUUUUGCAACUAACUUUCAAUUUAUCUCCUGUGCAACAUCUUGGUGGCAUAUUUGAUUAAAUUAAAAAAAAUAACAUGGCUUAUAUCCAGGAACCUUGUAUGCAAUCUUACUAUGUACAUUGUAUCUCGUGAGUUGAAACGUUAUAAACCCUCCUUUUUGCAUGAAAAAUAAUACUCCGCGUAAGAAGUAAAUAUCUCAUGGUUCACUUGCAUCUUAUUGUGGUGUACUGAAUUUGCGGGAAUAUUAUGCAAUAUAUAUUUAUCAUAAAAAGCAGACACCAGUGAUUCUUUCUUUAUUGGUUUAUAAUUAAUUGAUCAGUGAUUAGAGACACAUACAGUUGCGAAACAAAUUAAUUUCUUUCUUUAACUUUGGUAUAUAUAUAUUACCCUGUCAGUGAUUAACUUAUAACUACAAGGGUUCUUCGGUUUUACCUUGCCUUAUUAUGAGCAGUCAGUUUAUACUUAACUUUAUGCAAGUUCUACAAAUUUUGGGUCAAAGUUAAAUUUGAAAGUACAUUUUUGUUGUUGAGAGAAGUACAUUUUUGUUGUUGAGAGGCUUUGAGUUUUCAUUCUCUUUAACUCAUUCACCCCUGAAAUUUCAUGAUGAACUAUUCCAGCCUUUGAAUUGGAAGAGUUCAAAUGUAUCUUCAGGGGUGAAUGUGUUAACUGAUUUUAUUUCUGAAAAAAUAAGAAUAUCUCUGUUAUUGGCAAAAUAGCUCUACAUAAUUUAUAUAGUAAAAUAUUGCUUGAAAAUCAGCUGGAACCCUUCUUCAAUAUGAGCUAGCGUAGACACAAAUGUGAUGAUCAACCACCACCACAUACUUUGGCGUCUUGUUUUACAUAUUUUUUUUAAUUUAUUAGCUUGUGUUAUUUUCUACUGUAGCAUCUUUUCGGCAGUAAGUUGUAUAGAAUUUUACAUAAACAAGCUUGUAAUGUUAAUCAACGUGUGAGAUGCUUUUGAAUACUGAAAAAAGGCUAGUGGUUUGUUAGCCAUAUAGAAAUCAUAUAUCACUUAUCAUGUGUUGAUUGAUUGUUGAUUUUAUGAAUAUGAAUCACUUGAAUUUACCCAAAACCAUGAAGAGAUAUUUGUACUUGACAAUAAGAAGAAUCAUGGGCGAUAAGCAGAGUGAAUGUGAAAAUGCUUUUGAAAGAUAUUUAUAUUGAGCAUAUUCUGAUCAGUUCAUAAUGUUUUUUUUGUUAUAUUUUGUUAUUUUUAUACUGUUGUUAUUGUUGAACUUUUUAUAGACUGUUGAUCUUGAAAUACAAGUUGAAAAAUG